GGAUUAGCACUAGCAAUGGCUCAUAUUAAGUUGUUGUUGAUAUGGGCAUGUUGCUUAGCGCUAUCGACUAGUUUUGCAUAUGGUCUUGGUGUUAAUUGGGGUACACAAGCUGCACAAACAUUGCCCCCUUCAACAAUUGUUCAAAUGCUUAAAGAUAACAAGAUUGAUAAAGUUAAAUUAUUUGAUUCUGAUCAUUGGACUGUUAAGUACUUUGCUGGUACUGGAAUUGAAGUCAUGCUUGGAAUACCAAAUAAUCAAUUGGCAAAAUUUGCUGAUGAUUAUGAUUUUGCUAAGGAAUGGGUGAAAAAUAAUGUUAGUACACAUUUGUAUAAUGGAGGUGUUGAUAUCAAGUUUGUGGCAGUUGGAAAUGAACCAUUUUUGAAAUCAUACAAUGGUUCAUUUUUGAAAUCAACAUUUCCAGCUUUACAAAAUGUACAAAAAGCCCUAAAUUCAGCUGGCCUUGGUGACAAAAUCAAAGCUACAAUCCCACAAAACGCCGACGUUUACGAAUCCGGUAAUUCGGGUCCAUCACAAGGAGAUUUCCGAUCGGACAUAAGGGACCUAAUGCAAAAAAUUUGUAGUUUCUUUAAAGACAACACCGCACCUUUCCUCGUAAAUAUUUAUCCUUUCUUAAGUCUCCACGAAAACAAACAUUUCCCAAUAGAAUUCGCAUUUUUUGAUGGUCAAACAAAGGCCGUACGUGACAAUGGAAUAUCAUACACUAAUAUGUUCGAUGCGAAUUUGGAUACAUUAGUUGUAUCGUUGAAAAAAGCUAGUUGUUCAGGUGUGAAAAUAAUUGUUGGUGAAAUUGGUUGGCCAACAGAUGGAGAUUUAUAUGGAAAUGUUACAUUAGCCAAAAGAUUUUAUAGUGGAUUUUUUAAGAAAAUGGCUACAAAAAAAGGGACACCAUUAUACCCUGGAUUUAUUGAAUAUUAUUUAUUUAGUUUAACAGAUGAAAAUGAAAAAAGUAUUUUACCAGGAAGUUUUGAACGUCAUUGGGGUAUUUUUAGGUAUGAUGGAAAACCUAAAUUUCCAAUGGAUAUUACAGGACAAGGACAUGAGGCAAUGCCUAUUGGUGCAAAAAAUGUUAAGUAUUUGGAGAACAAAUGGUGUGUUUUGAACAAAUAUGCUGAAGAUAUAGGUAAAAUUUUCAACUUAAUCUACUACUCUCUAUUUAUUUAUUUUUGA